CACUUUUUGACACAAAUACCACACCCUAUACAUAGAAAUUCCGAGAUGAAUGCGAUCUUGUCUGAAGGCUUGACUUCAAUGCACAGUUUUCCUAAAUAUUCCCCUCAAGAAAUGAAACACACUUUUUUACAUUCCUGUGCGCAUCGCUUCGGUUUGCAUCUAUUAGAGUCGACAAUGGCGAUUCGGGUGAUUUUGUCUGCCAUGAUGGUCGCAGAGAGAGGAAUGGUUGCAGGUACUUUCAAUCCGAGCGUUAUGAUUUGCCUGUCGUCCCGUGUGACGCGGUUCCGAAGUUUUAUCAUGUCACGUGAUGAUAUGACUUCGUGA